UUGAGGAGCCCUAUUAAAACUAAUUCCCGAUUUUACUGACGACCAUAAGCACAGUUUGCGGAUGGCCGAGAAACCAAAUUCUCCCGCCGCCGGCUCAGCAAUCACCGGGCUAUCCGUGCAGAACAACGAGACGAUUCGAGCUUUCCUUCUUUCCGCCGUGGAUGACGAGCAACACCUCCCGGGUGAGCUCCGAGAUCUCGCCUCCGAUCUGUCUUCUCAGAUUUCCAUCCCUUAUCGGCACCUCCGCUCCGUCUGGUUCGCUCUCCCAGUAGGCGCGAGGCCCCCCAUAACCGCCAUUUUUUCCGGUGUUGAAUUCCUCUUCUCUAGUCCCAAACCCAGGGAAAAAAGCGAGGAGUUAAAGGAGAGACUGAGGAAGCUUGCGGAUAUGAUGGAGAGGAAGGAAUACGAUGAACUUGUGAAGGACGUCGCUCCAAGAAAGGAAGUAGCGGAGCCCUUUUCUUCAUAUAAAGAUCAGAUAGGCUUUGGCCUGCAUGUUGUGGUGGUGAUGUUUACUGGCUAUUUAUUUGGAUUUGCCGCUUUUAGAGCCUUGUUCAACCACAGCGCCGUGAUGAAUGCUGCCGGUGGCAUCCUGGGAAUGGUAGGUGGCAUGCUUCUUGAAACUAUUCUCUUCAUCCUUCGAGCUUCUGGUAAUGAUAUGUUAUCAUCUGGCUCCAGCCUGAAGCAUAAGAAGCAGCAGUAGGGCUUAGGUAUGGCUUUUCGACACCAACUUGUGGUUAUAUUUGUAUGCAUUAUUUCCCUAAUAUUAUAAAUCACACUCAUUUCACGAACUGA